UUCGGUUUGGAGCUUACGUGUUUCGGCGAGGCUCGUCGCUUCCUGUGUUUAAAGCAGGACUGCGAUAACCAUCCGCGGUGGCUCAGACGGUCAAAGUCGGGCUGCAACCAAUUUGAGUUGCACAGGGUCUCCAGGAGGAACACGGUGACGGGAUCAUGUCUGUCAACCUGAGCAAAAACGGCCCGGCCAUCACUGCAGCUUAUAAAGAGGUGGUGGACGAGAAAUCCAAAACGAACUGGGCUCUGUUUACCUAUGAGGGGAACAGCAAUGACAUCCGAUUGGCUGACAAGGGAGACGGGGGGCUGGAAGAGCUGGUGGAAGAGCUCAACAGUGGGAAGGUGAUGUACGCCUUCUGUCGAGUCCAGGACCCCAACUCUGGCCUUCCCAAAUACGUCCUCAUCAACUGGACAGGAGAAGGCGUGAAUGAUGCCAGGAAGGGGCUGUGUGCCAAUCACGUCAGUACCAUGGCCAAUUUCUUAAAGGGGGCCCACGUGACCAUUAACGCCCGUGCAGACGAGGACGUGGAGCCCGAGGUCGUCAUGCAGAAGGUGGCCAAGGCAUCGGGGGCCAACUACAGCUUCCACAAGGAAUCGAACCGUUUCCGGGACUCCGGACCUCAGGGACCAGUGGGGUCAGUGUAUCAGAAGACCAACGCCAUGUCUGAAAUUAAAAGGACCAACAAGGACAAUUUCUGGGCCCAGGCGGAGAAAGACGAGGAGAAGAGGCGGCAGGAGGAGCGGCAGAAGGCCGAGGAGGAGAGGCAGCGGCUGGACCACGAGCGCAAGGCGCGAGAGCUGCAGGAGGCGCAGGAGAGGGAGAGGCGAGACCGGGAGAGGGCCAGCCAGAUCGAGCAGCAGAAGAAGUAUCAGCAACAGCAAGAAGCUCAAAGUACAGAUCAAGAGAAACAAAAAUGGGAGGCCCAAGAGAGGGAGCUCCAGGCUGCUCAGAAAAAAGGCUUCAAGCGCAGUGGGUCUGUGGAGAAAGCUAAUGAGGCUGCUGCUUUGAUCUCCCAGCGCUCUGGGAAUCCCAGAGAGAUGUUCAAGCAAAGAGAGAGAGGAAUGGCUGCGGACAACAGGGAUACCUCUGUGAGCUCACAGCCAGGGCGGUUACACAGCCCCUUUCUGUCAAAGCAGCCCGGCGAGCCGGAGCCUCCACGCUCUCCCCUGCGCCAAGCAUCGCCUGUGCCUGCCUCGCCCGCCUCUCCUGCCCAUGCCACAGUGCCCAGUGUCCUGGAACAGGCCCGGUCCCAUUACGAGGAGCCAGAGACACCCAGUGAGGAGCAGUGGCAAGAAGAGCAGCCUGCAGCUGAUGACAGUUCCAAUGUGAACUCGCAACAGACCAGCCCUCCAGUGGAUGAUCUCUAUGAAGUCCCCCCAGAGCCUGACCUGUAUGAAGAGCCUCCCAAGGUCGAGGAACAGAAUACUUAUGACUACUCUGCUGAGGGCAGUGCAGACAGGGGUACCUGUGCACGAGCCCUCUAUGACUACCAGGCUGCUGAUGAUACCGAGAUUUCUUUCGACCCUGAUGACAUCAUCACCGGGAUUGAGAUGAUUGACGAGGGCUGGUGGCGGGGCUAUGGGCCUGAUGGGCGGUUUGGAAUGUUCCCAGCCAAUUACGUGGAGCUGGUCUAAGCCUUGCACCGCCUACUCGCUGGAAACUAAUGCCAGAAGGGACCAUCCCCAGCAGAUUAACCCUGCCUACCAGGACUACAGUAAAAGAUCUGGGGAGCCACUAGUACUUUAAGGCCUUAUCAUGACUAUUGUUGUGCCAUUUCAAAGGGUCCAAUACUACAGAAUAAGGACCAAAUCAAUUGAAUAUUAGUUGUGGGAUUGCAGAACUUUAAACAAUAACAUUACGGAAUAUAGUCUAUUUGGAUUUUAGAACUUUUUUUAAAAAGUAUGUUGUACCACUGCUUAUACACAGUUAUUUUAAAAUUAAGACUAGGCAUGUUACACCUGUAGUGUCAGACAAGUAAAAUGUAAGGACACUGUAUUCAACAAGUUUUAAAUUUGUGGGCAAAUUUUGAGUUUAAAAUCAUUUGGCAAGUUACACUUAUUCUUAAAGUAAUUCCAAACUCCCCUUCUUCAGCUUUAUCUUUGGCUACUUCAGUGUACCUUCUUAAACAAGUAUCCCUCUGAAAAAAAGAACAGGACACAGCGUGCAGAAUGUUUUCGAAUCUAAUGUAAAGUAACAGUUGUGUACGGACCAAACAGCGCUGAGGUGCUUAUUUAGCUAUGAAUAUGUCCUUUGUGCUAAAGCUGGGAUUCUGGGCUCAUUCUGCCUUUAAUUCUGAAGGGAUGGACUUUUUUGGGGUUUAGCGUCACAAAUUCUUAUGAUUUUAACAAAUCUCUGUCAUCUGAUAUGCAGAGGUCACUGUGCUCGGGAGGAUGAUAGGGUGUUGGUAUCUGUUUUCUCCGAGUCCGUUUUACGGAAAGGCAGGUCCUUUGGCAAUAACUGGAGAGGACAGAUAUUCUGUGUGGAUUCCAGAGUUCCCAGUUUGCUUUUGAAAGCAACUGACUUGGCAACGCUGCACUGUGAACAGCGGCAAUUGUGUUAAUGAGAGCAACCUUGUUCACCAUUAAAAACAGCAGGAAUAAUGCAGGCUCCAGUUUUGCCUUUUCGUAAAUAUUGAAAGAUCAUAACCUUUUGACGUUAGUGGAAUAAGGAUCAACACAUUUCUCUCAAGCUUCACUUGUUCUCAUUGAUACUGAUUUUUAUCAUUAGUGGGAGAAACCAGUAACCAUGGCUGACUCGUUUCUGCCAUCAACACCCCCUAACCCACUAACAUCCAAAGAUUUGUGUUUUACCUAUGCCGUGCAGUUAUGAGUGGAAUCUGGGUUUAACGUUAUUUUACUUGGUAUCUGUAGUGACAGCGAGUGAAUGAUGAUCGGUAGUUGUCUGAGACCCCAAAAUCCUUUCCCUGCCUGUUAUUUGAAUUGAGACCUCAUGUCUUUUCGUUCUUCCGAUAAGACCAGCACCAAGAAUGAAAGUGUAAUCAAUGCUUGCUUCCAAAUCUUGCACAGAAAAUCUGCUCUGCUACAAAAUUCUAAAUUUCUGUUUUUUUUUUUUCUUUUUUCUGUAUUUUUUGUUCAUUUGGAAUGAUGCGCUUUGGAAAUGUAGAAUUGUCUGUUUUUGCUGAAGAUCACGGUGAAGUGUUGCGGUGUUCUGUUUAGGGGCCUUGAUCCUGGGUUUUCAGUUUUUCCUCUCCCAUUAGGGCUCUGGGUCUUGUGGAAGGGAUCUCUGUGAGUGUAGUAUCCCAGCCAUUGAGUGCUCCUAUCAAGCUUCACUAGGGGAUACUGUGUGGAAUUAGCAGGGGAGUACUGUACAACUAUGCGAUGGUCACAGUGCAAAUCAUUUGACUUCUAGCAGUUUUUAAUGUGCUACAGGAAGGCUAACUCUGAACCAUUAAAUCCUAGAGUGCUCUCAACUCCUUAUCUCUCUUCUCUUGACUAUAACCACAGUAUUGAAACUGGUUACCGUUGCCUGAAUCACCUUCUGCUUUUAAAGUUCAAAUCAAGCAGUUUUGAAAGAAUGAUUAGUCUCAGAGAAGCUGUCACCUUGAUUGGAAAUAAAGGAAUUUAAAACCGAA